AUGCUCGAUAGCCAAUGUCGACUGCGGAGUUUGACUCCAAUUACGUUGUGGAACAAGCAAAUCAAGUUCCAGUGCGAAUCGAGCGUUUGGAUGAGCUUCGAAAGCGUCCAAGAAGAAAUCGAGCUAAUGGAGGGUGAAGAAGAAGUGUUCGCAGAAUCUCGACAAACAUUUCAGACUCUGUACUACGAGCUGAAAGCCUCGCUAAAUAGUAAAAUUCCGAGAUCUGCAUCACCUGUCCUUAGCCGAAGAAUUCCCGAAAGUGUCGUGCCCCCUGUGAACCCCACUCUUUCCGUGAAACUUCCUGAACUAAAACUCCCUGAAUUCCACGGGAAUCCCGAAGAAUGGAUCGAGUUCAGAGAUCUUUUCAAAUCAGUGAUUCAUAUGAACAAUCUGAUAUCUCCUGUGCAAAAAUUGAACUAUUUGCGUGGUUCCUUGAAGGGUGAAGCUUCUCGUAUCAUCUCCUCAAUCGCGAUCUCCGCCGACAAUUACGCGAUUGCGUGGAAAGCAAUUUGUGAUCGAUACGAGAAUAAAAACUUUCUUAUAAAGCGUCAUAUGUCAGCCAUUUUGAAAAUCCCCGCAAUGCGGCGGGAAUCUGCCGUUGGAUUGGCUGAAUUAGCUGAUGAGUUCAACCGACACGUGGGAAUUCUCGAUAAGUUGGAGCAGUCUAGUGAACACUGGAACUCAUUUCUCGUCGAGCAUUUGAGUAGCUUACUCGAUGAAAAGUCCCUGAUGGAGUGGGAAACGCAGUGCCAAGAACAGGAAUCUCCCACUUACUUCCAGUUGUAUGAGUUCAUCCAUAAGAGGUCUCGAAUGCUCCAAAAGUGCAAAGUGUUAACCAACACGAACACAAGUGUGCAAAUGAAGAACACUAGAGGAAAAUCCUCUGCAUCUCAUGUCGUGUCGGAAAAUGUUGUGAAGUGCCUAAGUUGUAAACAGGCACAUCAACUCUCGCAGUGCCCCACUUUUCUCAAGCUUACUCCGAACUCUCGUCUAGACUUUGUGAAAACUCAUCGUCUUUGUAUUAAUUGCUUGAGAAGUGGGCACUUAGCGAAAGACUGUCGCAGUAGUGUGUGUAGAAGUUGUGCCAAGAAACAUCAUACAUUGCUUCAUCUCCCUCCUCGAAACUUUAAUGGCACAACUUCUGAAGAAGUAAAUGAAAGUGAGACUCCACAAACCUGCAUAGCUGUGUCGACUGCUGUGACUACCAACACGUCAUCAGCACAAUCGUUCUUGGUAUCGCGAGCACCGCCGGUGGUGCGAUCGUGUGCAUCAAAUUCGUCGUCGCCGGUUACCCACACCCGAUCGAGUGGUGAAUCGUCGUUUGGGUUGCUCUCACGGUCGGAAGAGCAGGUUGUCGAAUGCCCUCUUCUCGCGUCGCAGCAAUAUUCGUCGUCAUUCGAAAAUGAACCACCUUCCCCCCAAGAACAGCCCACAUCACUCACACAAGUCACUUCUCCGGAAAAUGCCACUAUAUUUCUAUCUACCGCUCUGGUGCGAAUAUUGGAUCGCCACGGUAAUUAUCACCUCGCACGCGCUUUACUCGAUAGUGGAUCGCAAUCAAAUUUUAUAUCCGAAUCGUUAUGUCAACAUUUGGAUCUGAAGCGCAACAAAAUCAACUUACCCAUCUGCGGUAUCGGACAAGCAACAGUUAAUGUCCAUUAUAAAGUACAUGCAAAAAUCACUUCUCGCUUCAAUCAAAUCGAAUUUACACUCGACUGUCUCGUUUUGCCCAAACUAACGGUUUGUUUGCCCAGUCGGAACGUUAAUAUUUCUGACUGGAAAAUGCCUCGCAACAUUUCUCUUGCUGAUCCGAAAUUCAAUAUUACCCACGGAAUCGAUCUAUUAAUUGGCGCUGAACUGUUCUUCUCGCUUCUCGAAUCACACCAAAUCCUCCUUGGCGAAGGACUGCCAUUGUUACAGCGCACAGUUCUGGGGUAUGUAGUGUCCGGAAAAUCAAUUUCCCAAUCCGUGAACACAUCGAUAUGCAACACCGCCAUAAUGCAGCCACCGGACUUAAACGAACAACUCGAACGAUUUUGGCAAGUGGACAAUUUCGACGUCGGAAAAGCGCUAACCGCGGAUGAAAAGGAGGUAGAAACGCACUUCGAAAAAACGUUUUCGCGGAGUGACGACGGCCGAUAUGUGGUUCGACUACCUCUUCGCGAAGAACUAGUUCCAUUGUUGGGUGACUCAUACAGCACAGCUGUUCGUCGUUUUCUGCUAUUGGAGAAGAGGCUGUCAGCUGAUCAGCAAUUGCGAGAAGAUUACGAGAAAUUUAUGCAGGAGUAUGUGAUGUUGGGCCAUAUGGAAGUGUGCCGUCGCGUCGCGGGCCCGCAGUUCUUUCUUCCGCACCAUGCAGUGCGACGCCCUGAUAAUACCACCACCAAAACACGAGUCGUGUUCGAUGCUAGCUGCAAGGCAUCGGGUCAGCUGUCUCUGAACGACGUUCUCCACACAGGCCCGAUGGUACAACCGGCUCUUCUAUCUACAGUUCUCAACUUUCGAAAGCCGAAGUAUGUCUUCACUGCAGACAUAGAAAAAAUGUUUCGCCAAGUAUGGGUGCAUCCAAACGACCGAAAAUAUCAACAGAUCAUUUGGCGAAAAGAUCCCUCCUUACCCCCCCAAGUCUACCAACUCAAGACUGUGACAUACGGUCUAGCCAGUUCACCGUAUCAUGCCGCGCGCGUACUCAACCAGCUUGCUGCCGAUUAUCAUCAUGAUCACCCUCUCGCCUCCUCAAUCGUAAAGCAUCGAACGUACGUGGAUGAUACAUUAGCUGGAUACGAUGAUUUAGCCGAAGCAACCGAAGCCUGUCGUCAACUUGUAGUGAUGCUGAAAAUAGCUGGUUUCACUUUGCGCAAGUGGUGUAGUAAUCAACCAAAGGUUCUCGAAAAUGUCCCCGAAGAACUUUGGAAUCAUUCGUCGAAGACCGAGAUCGGUCAGUCCACAACAACAACAAAAACUCUUGGCCUUUUGUGGAACCUCCAAACAGAUACAUUCAGCUUUAAAAUUCCGUCGCUGUGUACCGCCAACCCAGUUACGAAACUAGUCAACUGUAAAGUGUUCGUGCAACGACUAUGGGCUGCAAGUGUCGAGUGGGAUGCUCCACUUUCCGAAGACGAUCGCUCCUGGUGGAAUGAAUUUCGUGAUGGUAUACAAGAUCUCCAACGUCUCUCCAUCCCCCGUCGUGUUUUGGCUAACGUCGAUAAUGAGUUCACAUUGCAUUGUUUCUGCGAUGCGUCGGAACGUGCCUAUGGAUGCUGUGUGUAUGUGGUAAGCAAGGGAUCAGAUGAUCGCACUCAUAGCCAGCUGUUGAUCGCUCAGUCUCGCGUCGCACCUCUUCGCAAUCUGACCAUUCCGAGACUUGAGUUGUGUGCGGCAGUUCUAGCCAGCCAGAUGAUGGAGAAACUACGGACAACAACAGAAUUCGAUGGACCAACGGUGUUUUGGUCCGACUCAACUGUCGUGCUACACUGGAUUCGAUCUCCACCCCCAGAUUGGAAACCCUUCGUCUCGAAUAAAAUUGCCGAAAUACAGAGGUCAACAAAAAACUCCCAGUGGAGACACAUUCGCACCGAUGUCAACCCAGCUGAUAUCCUUUCUAGAGGGGCAUGGCCCUCCCAGAUUCUCGACAACGAUCUUUGGUGGCAUGGACCAGACUUUCUCGUGGCCGCUCCGGAGUUCUGGCCACCUGUUUUACCAACCUCCAACCUUCAGUCUGUGGACCGAGACGAGAUGAACAUUGAAAAGCGUCAACGUUACACUGUCGCAAUGUUGGCUACUCCAAUAGAUGACUCGUUGCUCUCACGAUUUGCCGAACUCAGCCGACUGCUGAAGGUCGUUGCCUGGUGCCUUCGUUUCUACCACAAUUUUCGCCUGCCAGUUGGUUUUCGUCGUGUUGGAGUUUUGACUCCGUCGGAAAUUGAAGACGCAUUGAAAGCGUUGAUACGUCUCGAACAAGCUAGUGGCUUCCAAGCAGAGCUCCAUCAAGUGCAAGUGAGUAAAAAAUCAAAUACACCCUUAGAAAUUCAUGCCAAAUCGCCUCUUAAGGGCAUGAAUAUUCUUUACGACAGCGAAGGAUUUUUACGUUUGGACGGUCGAUUGCGCAAUUUGAACAAAUCGUUCGAUUCAAAACACCCAUACAUUCUCCCAGCCGACGGAAAACUAAGUUUGCUGCUGGCACGAUCAUUGCAUCUGCAAACUGCUCACUCAGGACCAUCUCUCCUACUUGCAACGAUGAGACAGCGCUUUUGGCCCUUGCAAGGCCGAAUCCUAGUCCGCAAGAUAGUCAGAAAUUACGUGACUUUUUUUCGCUGUCGACCUACACUAGCACACCAACAAAUGGGUCCUCUACCGGCAGUGCGACUUACUCCAGCUCGAGUAUUUUCCAGAUGUGGUCUGGACUACUGCGGGCCAUUUAACGUUCGUCCGUUGUACGGGAGGGGGGCAAGCCUAAAAAUGUACGUCGCGGUAUUCGUUUGCCUUUCGGUUAAGGCAGUCCAUUUCGAAGUCGUUCCGAACCUAACGUCGUCUGCGUGUAUAAAUGCGAUCAAACGGUUCGUGGGUCGCCGCGGUCGGUUACACGAAUUGCAUUGCGACAAUGCAACCACCUUCGUCGGCGCUAACACCGAAAUGAAAGCAAUUCGUCAGCAGUACCUGCAGCAGUUCCGCACGAAUCAAUGGGACAACUAUUGUCUUGAUUCGGACAUCUCGUUCCACUUCAUUCCGGCUAGAUCCCCACAUUUUGGUGGACUGUGGGAGGCGGGGGUUAAGUCAUUCAAAUACCAUUCCCGUCGCAUAUUCGGAGGACGAUCGUACACCUACGAUGAGUUCUCGACAGCUGUAGCCAAAUAG